GGUGAAGGUGUGAGCCACGCGGCAAAGAUUACCGAUUGUGCCACAGGCGCCACAGACUCCGGGGCUGUGUUGCAGGUUCCUCCACAGACUGUUGUGUCAGCUGUGCCACAGGUUACAUAAGAGUUUACAGCUAAAUUCUUGUAGGGUGAUCACUGUAGUGUGCUGUCUUGUAGGGUGAUCGCUGUAGUGUGCUGUCUUGUAGGGUGAUCGCUGUAGUGUGCUGUCUUGUAGGGUGAUCACUGUAGUGUGCUGUCUUGUAGGGUGAUCGCUGCAGUGUGCUGUCUUGUAGGGUGAUCGCUGUAGUGUGCUGUCUUGUAGGGUGAUCGCUGCAGUGUGCUGUCUUGUAGGGUGAUCGCUAAUCCAAUAAUUUGUUCACUCAUCUGGACAGUAAUUAUCGGUGCAAAAUCAACGAAUUAUUGACUCAUCGUUGUACGAAACACCAUACAUAACAAGGCCACGUUAUGAUGCAAUAAUACUAGUGGCCAUUUGGAGCAGCUGGAGCACUGGGAGGCAGCCGGUGGGUGGCCACUAAUACGACCAGGCUGCAGGAGCCGGUAAAAACAGAGUAUGCUGAACAGACUCCAUCACCGCACUUAAAUUACUGUUUAAAUCGUGAAACAGUAUCACUGCGCCUCCGUCAGGCAGGUGGUGGUGGGUGCUAUGUUUAUCUUCUGCUGUGGGAUCAGCAAACGACAGCAAUACAUCACCAGCAUCCCGGCAACCUUGGGCCUUCUGCCACAAGAUAACGAGUCAAGAGAGCCAUCGUGUAUUCCAACGCCUUCAGCAUGGAUAUGGAGUCUAUUCGAAAGCGGCGGGCGCGACUGGACGCUAUCACAUCCUCCACCAGACUUCCAACUCUGACUCCCCUGGAGGUGUUCGGAGCGAGGCCGUCCUCCGUGCACAGUGGCGUCUCCUCCCCUCCCAACAGCAUAUCCUCGGAGAAGAGACGCCAGCAGCACAGGCACAGGCCCGACAUGUACCUGACGAGGAAGAACUCGGCGUCACUGGCUCGGGCAGGUUCAGGGAGGAAUACAAUGCCCGCGUUGGGUAUACCGCCCAUGACACCGCUUCACGACCCACUCCCGGAGAUUGGUCAGACUAAGGAAGACGAGGCGGCCGAUGGGAAAAACGAGGAGACGAUAGAAGAGAAAUUGCAGGAGAGGAGAGAAGAUGAGAACGACGAGGUAGCAGAGGAGGUAGAAGAAGAGUUGGAAGGGGAAAUAGAAGAGGCAGCUAGGAAUGUCGAAAGGGACUCACAACCUCUGUCACCUAACCAGGAGAGUCACAAAAAUAGUCACUGGAUGAAUGCAAUCCAAGGGGUGUCUCAGGCUGGCCAUGGGGUCAGUCUGGAGGCCAGUCAGGAUGCCAGUCAGGAGGCAAGCCAGGGAGUCAAUCAGGAGGCCGGCUUGUGGAUUAACCAGGAAGCCAGCCAGGGAGGCAGCCUGGAGGCCAGCCAAGAGGGUGGCCUGUGGAUGAGCCAAGAAGCCAACAGUGAGCCAACAGUUAAUCAGGAAGCCAGUCAAGACGCCAACCAGGAGGCCAACCAGGAGGCCAGCCAGGAGGCCAGCCAGGAGGCCAGCCAGGAAGCCAGUCAGGGAGCCGGUCUGUGGCUUUUCCAGGGAGUCAACCAGGAGGCGAACGAGGAGACCAACCAGGAUACGACACCUCUGGAGACUCGUGAGAAGCCGCCGUCUUCAGCCAAACGCAGAAGUUCUCCUUCGGCGACGUCCCACACGGAGGACUCACCAUCACAAGCAAAUCCCUCAAGCCUCCACCACGGACCUGACAAGCGAGCAGCGACUGGUGAUGAAUCCUCAUCAGCCUAUGAACACGACAACCAGGCUGUAGAGGGGGAAGUCGACGCCGAGAAGAUAGUCUCAGACAUGGCCAGCGAGGACAUCAACACCAAGCUGGAAGCCACCGUCAGGGCCAGAAAGAUCCUGUCUCAGUCCCUCAACCCCAAGGUGGACGAGUUCCUGGCGGCAGACAUCCUCACCCCCGCCCUCGCCAACCUGAAGGAGGAGCACGCCACGCUGAUGUUUGAAACAGCUUGGGUCCUCACCAACAUCGCUGCUGGUACCUCCAACCACACACAAGCCCUUGUUGAUCGGGGCUUCGUGCAGCCGCUGGUGCAGCUGCUGGGCACCACCAACAUCGGGGUGGCCGAGCAGGUGACGUGGGCCCUCAGCAACAUCGCCGCCGACAAUCCUGACCACAGGAACCAAAUGGUGGCGGAAGGCAUCGUCAAGCUUCUCCUGGCACACCUCAACCAGUCUAUACCGGUCACCUUCAUACGCAACAUUGCGUGGGCUCUCUCUAACCUGUUCCGCCGUAAGCCUCUGGAGAUGCUGACGGAGGAGAAGGAGCUCAUUCUGCAGGCGUUGAAAGACCACCUGCUGGACCACAGUGACCCGCACGUCCAAGCUGACGCCCUGCACACAGCGAGCCUCUUCACGGACAUGGGCACGGAGUACAUCCAGCUGGUGGUGGAGGCGGGCCUGGUGGCGCAGCUGGUGGCUCUCCUCGCCUCACAAGACGAAGCCCUGCUCCUCACGGCUCUCAGGGCUGUUGGCAACAUCAUUACUGGCACUGAUACUCAGACGGAGGCGGUGCUGGAGGCCGGGGCGCUACCUUUGUAUUCUCAAGUGUUGGCCAACUCGAGCAGCACCAGGGCCAAGAAGGAGGCACUGUGGGCCAUAUCCAACAUCCUGGCUGGCACUCCUGGCCAGCUCCAGCAGGUCAUCGAUGCCGGCCUGGUGCCAGAGCUCCUGCUCGCCGUACAAAAUGAAGACGGACGCGUACGGAAGGAGGCGUCGUGGGGGCUCUUCAACUUGACGGAUAUUGGCACCCAGGAGCAGCUGAAGGUGCUGGCACCAGGUGCCACGGUGCCGCCCUUGCUGGCACUUAUGGGCGACAGUGAGCCGGCCCUCGCCACGCUGGGCGUCGAGGCCCUCCUCAACCUCCUUCGGAAGUCGAGCGACUCCGAGACCUUAAGAAGCACGUUGGAGGAGCAGGGUGGCAUCACCCUCCUACAACGAAACCUCCAACACGAGAACAAUAAGAUUGUUACUACAAGUAAGGCCAUCCUCGAGAGCUACUUCUCGGUGGACCUGCAGGACGAGGAGGCGAAGAAAGCCGACGAGGACGAAGCGGUGAUCGAGACGGAAGAUAAUCCGGUGAACGAGGAGGUGGAGGAGGAGGAAGAUGCGAACGAGAAGAUAGAGAAGGUGGAGGAUGAGACCAAGCUAGAGGAAGACUGGUAAACAGUUACUCCUCCGGAGACAUGUGUGAUAUUGUUGGUAUCCCGGCGGCGUCUUCUGUUGGUAUCCCGGCGGCGUCUUCUGUUGGUAUCCCGGCGGCGUCUUCUGUUGGUACCCCGGCGGCGUCUUCUGUUGGUACCCCGGCGGUGUCUUCUGUUGGUAUCCCGGCGGCGUCUUCUGUUGGUACCCCGGCGGCGUCUUCUGUUGGUACCCCGGCGGUGUCUUCUGUUGGUACCCCGGCGGCGUCUUCUGUUGGUACCCCGGCGGCGUCUUCUGUUGGUACCCCGGCGGCGUCUUCUGUUGGUACCCCGGCGGUGUCUUCUGUUGGUACCCCGGCGGCGUCUUCUGUUGGUACCAGCGACGUCUUCUGUUGGUACCAGCGACGUCUUCUGUUGGUACCAGCGACGUCUUCUGUUGGUACCAGCGACGUCUUCUGUUGGUACCAGCGACGUCUUCUCAGUCCGGCGGGUGUGGACGUCUCCCCCCCCCCCCCGCUGGGUGAAGAACCUUUAUUCAGCAUUUG